GACAUCAUCAUCUUGCGCGCAGGGUCGGAGGGCACACGCGUGGUCGGUAUCUAACGAUGGCCGGCUCUGUUUCCAAGGAGCUGGAGGAUUUACUGAAUCCGCUGCCUAAAUUCGCGGAUCCAGAGGAUGAUCACGAUGAAGCGACCAAAGCCAAGGUCAUUGAAAAGUUUAAUGUGGACGAUGACGAGGACGCGCUCGGCGUCAGUGUCCUGCGGAAGCACAACACAUCCCUGCUUCUGGAGACAGAUCGCCGGUACGUGGGAAAACCCGUGUCACGUCAACAACUGCUGAUGGAUAGUGACGGAUCUGCAGGGGAAGAAGAAGAAGAGGAAGAAGUAGGAGACGAUGAGGAUGAUAUAGAGGAGCAGGAGGAAGAUGAAGCUUCCUCAGAGGAUGAUCAGGUUGAAAGUGGAGAUGAGGAUGAGGAGGAAGAAGCUGGAGAUGAAUACGAUGAGGAGGAAGAUGAUGAAGCUGACAUGAAAAUGCUGCAGUCUAAGAUGAUGGACGCUGACAUCACCUUUCCCAAAGAGACGGACUUCCACAAGCUGACAGAGGGCAUGGACGACCUGGGAGAGAGUGAGGACAGUGAGGGCAGCGGGUCUGAGGGUGAAGAGAGUGACGAAGAUGAUGGCUCGGAGAAGGAUGAGAUGGAAGAUGGCGAUGAAGAGGAUGAGGGAGCUGUCAGGACAUUCUCCCAGGAUAAAGUAGAUGAGGAAGUGGAGAAAGGGAAGGCUGUGAAGAACCAGCUUGCACUGUGGGACCAGCUCCUUGAGGGGCGAAUCAAAAUCCAGAAGGCCCUUGUGAUGGCCAAUCAGCUUCCACAACCGCAGACUCUCCCAGAGUUCAAGAGGAGGGGGGGCGCCGAGCUUGCGGGAGCGCUGAAGAACAGCCACAAAGCUUUAAAGGCUCUGCAGAGGUCUCUGUUGGAGCUGCAGGAUCAGCUGCUGCACCAGAACCCCGACACAAAAUCCAUCUCCCUGGGGAAGACCUGGGGAGCAGAGGCCCAAAGUGAGGAUGAGGAUAUCGGCAGCCAUGAUGACGAGGACAUGCAGGACACAGAGGCGUCCACAGGGCCCCCUAAACGAAAACUGGAAAUGGCAGAGUAUCCCGACUUCAUGGCCAAACGCUUUGCUGCUUUCCAGCCCUACCGCAACGCCACGCUGCAGAAGUGGCACGACAAAACCAGGCUGACCAUGGGCAAGAGCAGCAAGGGUUUCGGGGCGUUUGAUAGGAACAUCCUGACUCAGGUGGAGCAGGUGCUGAUGGACAACGAGAGGCUGGUGAGGCGCACCCAGACCCGACGCUCAGAGUACAGGGUCCUCGGGAAAAGAGAGGCUCCUGCGCCCGUCUUCGCAGAGGGCGAGGAGGCAGAGCAGCAGCUGAAAGCAAACACGCAUCUCAAAGACCUGGAUGAGGACAUCUUUGACGACGACGACUUCUACCACCAGCUGCUGAGAGAGCUGAUCGAACGCAAGACCAGCGCAGCAGACCCAAACGACCAGGUGGCGAUGGGCAGGCAGUGGCUGGCCAUCCAGAAGCUACGCAGUAAGAUCAAGAAGAAGGUGGACACCAAGGCCAGCAAGGGACGCAAAGUCAGGUUCCACAUUCACAGCAAGCUGGUCAAUUUUAUGGCUCCUAUCGAUCACAGUUCAAUGAAUGACGAGGCACGGACUGAGCUGUACCGCUGCCUGUUUGGUAACAGCGUGGUCAAGGAGUCAGCUGAGGUAUGACAGCCUCACCUGGAGCAGGAGGACACUCACAGCCCUCUCUUCACGUCCAGAAAAGAUGCUGGAUGAGGACAGGGAUGCUUGUGCCUCCUCAGCUGGACUGAAUUCUUCCAUUUUUCUAGGGGCUCUGUUUUUCUAGGGAGUAAUAUGAACUCAUAGAAGCGACAUAGUUCAUUAAUACACGGCCUAUGCAGAAUGACAGUUUUAAAUGUGAUUUUUUUUUUUUUUGGCAAUUUGUGAUAAAAUAUCCUGGUGGAGGACUAGUCAGUCUACUUUAGUAUAAACUAUCAUUGACAAAAUAAAAUGCAUACUUUUGAUAACUGUAUUCAUAUUUAAAUGUAUUGUUGCCCAUUUAAUCAGGUGCUUUUUUCUUCUGUCAGCAAGUCUCUUGACUGAAGUAAACUGUUGAAAUUGUA